CCGCGCUCUCCCUGUGUCUCCGUCUCUCUGUCUGAAGCCGAGUUUUCUCACGUAUCCUGCUUCCUACAAGGCCACGCUUGCUCGGCUCUUCCGCUGAUUUGGCGUCCUCCUCUAAAACUAGUGGAGCAAGUUCGGCGGCUCAGUCUGGAUUUUUUUAGUGAGAUUUCAGAAUUAUGUUCUGAUUAGAUCGGUUUUGUCAAGCUCUUUUGUCCAGGGACUUAAAUGGCAUAGGAUAUAAAAUUUGACUAUUUCCUCAUGUAUAGACAUGAAAGACACAUCAUGGGGACUGAUAAUUGGGAUCUCUAUAGGGGUCCUAAUAGGAGGGUGUUUGGCUGUUUUUGCUUUCAUUUGCAUUCAUCUCUGGAAAAGAGAUGUAAAGAUUGGCAGCACCUUUUCACGAAGGACAUCAACCAUCCCAAUUCGUGCCAGUGGUGAAGAUGCUAGAAUGGCAAUGUCUGAUUCAACCAUCGGUCAGGAAUCACCGAAACAUUCAGAACCCAAUGACAUGUCCUUGUGGACUAAUGGACAUAAAAGAAAGAAUGCAGCAUCAAUGUCUGGAAUACUUAAGUAUUCUUACAGGGAUCUUCAGAAAGCCACUCGUAAUUUCACCACAUUAAUCGGACAGGGAGCUUUUGGCCCUGUUUACAAAGCACAAGUUCCAAGUGGUGAAACAGUAGCUGUUAAAGUACUCGCAGAAAAUUCUAAGCAAGGGGAAAAGGAGUUCGAAACAGAGGUCGUGCUCCUUGGGAGAUUACAUCAUAGGAACCUUGUAAAUUUGGUGGGAUAUUGUACUGAGAAGGGCCACAACAUGCUUGUGUAUCUCUAUAUGAGUAAUGGCAGUCUUGCUUCUCAUCUGUAUGAUGAGAAACACAAGCUCUUGAAUUGGGAUCUGAGAGUUCUUAUAGCACAGGAUGUUGCAAGGGGCUUGGAGUAUCUCCAUGAUGGGGCUGUUCCUCCAGUUGUGCAUCGAGAUAUAAAGCCUUCUAACAUUCUCUUGGACAAGUUCAUGAGAGCCAGAGUGGCUGACUUUGGACUUUCGCGGGAGGAAGUAGCUAGUGCAUGGGGUCAUAAUAUCCAGGGAACAUUUGGGUAUCUUGACCCUGAGUACGUGUCAACAAGGUCCUUCACUAAGAAAAGUGAUGUCUACAGCUUUGGAGUGUUACUCUUUGAAUUGAUCACAGGCAAAAACCCCAAACAGGGCCUCCUUGGAUUAGUAGACCUUGCUGCAAUGAACACUGAAGGGAAAGGUGGUUGGGAGGAAGUUGCUGAUCCUCGACUUAAUGGUGAUUAUGACCUUGAAGAGUUAAAUGGCAUUGCAGCAAUCGCAUAUAAAUGCAUAAGCCAGUCACCAUGGAUGAGACUGCCUAUGAGGGAUGUAGUUCAGGCUUUAUCAUGGAUCUACACAGCAACUUGCAGCAGGAGGCAUAGACCAACAUUGUCUCUUAUGAUGGACGAAACUUCUCUAGAUAUGAGCAAGCUGGAAGGACAGACAUGUGAAAUUGGAAUGCAGAUGCAAGAGUCCAUGGAAAAAACUACGGUAGAUAUGAGCCAGCGAGUCUCAGAAUCCUGACACAGGUAUUCGGAGGGAAGAAUCAUUGACAACAACAGAACCCGAGGUUUUGAAACUCCAAAACUUCACCAUGGUUCUUGCACGUGCAGGUUGAACCUUAUGCAAGGAACAUGAAAUUAUGAAGCUAGGUCAUGCCUUCUAGCAUUUUAUGGCACAGCAGCAUUUUCACGUCCAUCCUCUCAAUUGUAAAAUGACUAUUUUUCAUUUAUUUUGGGUCAAAAUUUCUAUGAUUUGUGCCUUGUAGUUAAUUACCUGGAAAUCUGUUAAAAUUUGUUUUUCUCUGGUUCCUUACUUGAAAUGUGUUGCUGCAUUUCAUAUAUUAUAAUGAAUAGAGAAAUACUUUACUUUCA